AUGUCGGAAACCGCUCCUGCUGAGACGGCUGCCCCGGCGCCGGUGGAGAAAUCUCCUGCCAAGAAGAAGUCUACUAAGAAGUCCGCGAGCGGUGGCGCGGCUAAGCGCAAGGCGACCGGGCCCCCAGUUUCUGAGCUGAUCACUAAGGCUGUGGCCGCCUCCAAAGAGCGCAAUGGCCUUUCUUUGGCAGCGCUCAAGAAGACCCUGGCAGCUGGCGGCUACGACGUGGAGAAGAACAACAGUCGAAUCAAGCUGGGUCUCAAGAGCCUGGUGAGCAAGGGUACCCUUGUGCAGACCAAGGGCACGGGUGCUUCCGGCUCCUUUAAGCUCAAUAGGAAGGCGCCCACUGGGGAAGCCAAGCCGAAGGCCAAGAAGGCGGGGGCUGCUAAAGCGAAAAAACCCGCAGGGGCCACCCCUAAGAAGCCCAAGAAGGCUGCGGGAGCAAAGAAAGCAGUGAAGAAGACUCCCAAGAAGGCGAAGAAGCCCGCAGCCGCUGGCGUCAAAAAGGUGGCCAAGAGUCCCAAGAAAACCAAAGCCGCGGCAAAGCCGAAGAAGGCUGCCAAAAGCCCCGCUAAGCCUAAGGCAGUGAAGCCAAAAGCGGCGAAACCCAAAGCUGCCAAGCCUAAGGCAGCAAAACCCAAAGCUGCAAAGGCAAAGAAGGCGGCUCCCAAAAAGAAGUAG